UCGAAAUCCAGGGGCCACCACCAAACUCAAAAAUGGAAAGCACACAUCUCAACAUCAUCUCACUUCUCUAUAAAUCACCUGCCCCCUCUUGCUUCCCAAUCCCAGUCUAGUUUUAUCCAGUUUUCUAACUAUUACUGCUUCACAUAACACAGGCAAAAGAGGGGUACUGUGAAGAAGAUGGAGGCAAUUCAGUCUUGGGUUUCAGAGCACAAGCUCACCAGCAUUGGAGCUAUCUGGGCUUCAGCUAUUGGGGCAUCACUGGCUUAUAAUACUCGUGCAAGGACUCCUCUUAAGCCAAGUCUGAGGCUUAUUCAUGCCAGGAUGCAUGCACAAGCCUUAACCCUGGCGGUGCUGUCUGGUGCAGCAGCUUAUCAUUACUAUGAGAAGAGUAGCAGCAAGGAAGAGAAGGUCACCAAUGCCUAAGAACGAGUCAGACUACUUAUACUAUGUAAUAUUUAUGAAUGGUUACCCAUCAUUGAAUGGUUUGAUGAUGAUGAAAAUGGUGGAAUUAAUGAUGUAGCAGUAAUGAUAUCGAGCAAGCAGCUUCUUUUAUAAGAGAACCUUUUGUC